AUGAAUUUGUUCAAGAAUUUGCGUUUGGGUACGUUGAGAGAAGAUGCCCCAACGCAAAAAGUGAAAGAAAAACCACAGGAGUACUCGAUUAUUGUUAUAGACAUGCGAUACCACCCAGACAGAGUUCUCAAACCAUCAUCACAAUUACCACAAAUCUACGUGUUUCUCCAUGGGAAACCUAAAACACUACCACAGAAGUAUUCUUAUACCUCUGACGAAGUUACUAUAUCAUCACCGUACAAAUUGUCAACUCCAAAAAUCAUUGAAACACAAUCGCUUUAUAAUAGAGACGUGAAGACGUGUUGUGCGUCUGUUGUUGUGAAUUCCCCAACACCAUUUUGCGUCAUUGCAAUUUGUCUCAACAGCAUUUUUGGAGCAAAGGAAAACGGAAUUUUGGAGAACGACAAAGUGCUCUCGACAGAAGAACUUGUCUUGUAUUAUCUGUUUUCAGUCUUUAAGUUGCCUUACAACCAAAUGCUAACCUUUGUGUGUGGAGACUUUCUAUCAGAUAUUAUAGACGCCAACAACAACAUCAAAACCACUCCACAAGACACUUCACUUGCUUCGAUAGAUUCAUGGAGUAACGAAGAAGCCGAGUUUAAAAUAUCCGAAUUGGGUGAUUCUGAUCUCUUAAGCGCACUCUUCCAAAUUGCUCAACGUAAAGACCGUCUCGGGAGUUUAGCUCGCAGUGAAAUUGUUGCAAAAGUUCUUACUGAAAAUGCGAUAUCCUCAACUACAUUAGUUCAACACGACAAACUCCCAUUUCUCUUCGUUGAUACAAUGUGUGAAUUAUACAGUCAAAUUUCGACUCUUGUCAAUGCAACAAAGAAGUCGACUGGGAUAUACGAGUUUGUGAAUGACUACACCCAAUUGGUAGCUAAGAAAUACAAAGAACACAUAGAAGGAGGACUCACAUUUUUUCAGCUGUUUCGUGGGCUCAUGAAAUACUCUCGUGUUGUUCCAAAGGUGGACAUUCAGACACAAAUCCUCCUUGGAACUUUGAAGCGCAAAGUCGACAAAAGGGACAUCGAUUUCCAACGAACAAACUUCCCCAAACUUUCGUCAUUUGAAAUCAAAAGCGCUCUAUCACCUUCGUUUAUGGAACUCAUUCAUUAUUUCAAUGCUGUCUCUCCAGAAAUUAUACUCAAUAGUGUUAGAGAAAGAAACCACUUACACAUUUUGAUUCCACACGCGGAAAAGGAAGAUAAAGUGAAGUGCGUGAAAAUCGAUGGGGCCGAAGGCGAUUUGUGGUUCACGUUCAUCGUUUUUGAUUUUUGA